UACUUCAUCAGGGUCGAUUUACCGCUUCCGGCCUUGCCACAGACGAAACAAGGUGUCAAUGUCUCGUAACCAAGAUACGAGACAAGAUUAUCUCAGUUCUCUCGUGGUUUCGGUCCUACCAGGAUCCAAUCGAAGGUAGCUUUGUACGAGUUCUUGACUUCCUCCUGUCUCCAGGCCAUCUGCCGGAAAUUGAGCCAACCAAGUAUGUUAUUCUCCCUGGUCUGCGGCAAGUCAUUUUGUACUGAAUGAGCUGGCGAAGAGUUUCAUCGAUUGCUUUCAAGCUUUGCUCAAUAUGCAACUACCCAGAAAGUACUCUGUCAUUGAUGAAGCGAAGGUGUUCCAGUACGACUUCAUGUUUUGCAUCUUCAUUGCUUCUGAGCGCUGACAUAACUGCAGAAUUCAAGGUUCCGCGGAUGGCAUUCAGCUUUGAAGUAAAUUUUUCAAUCUUUGAACUCUCGAUCUGCUAUUUGAUAGCCACGGCUGCAGCCCUAAACAUGCUCUUUGACCAUUUUGUUGGGUUGACAGUGUCUAGGUAAAGGAGAAAUUCAGAAGUAGCAGUUUUGCAGCUCAAAGCAACGUCUGCGAGAUUCUGUCGGCGCGACGUCAGUGGAUGCAAUGACUCUUAUAGCAUCUUUCCUAACUUGAUCUUCCUUCUGUUACCGGCUUAGCUUACGCUCCCCACUUCUCACAUUCUAGAUACAUAACGUGAGGCAUACAGCUCAGCUCCACUGUGCUACACUGACCAAAAAGGUACAGUACUGCUGUAGAUAGCAGGAACUGGGAGCUGAACAGUAUAUACCCGUGACACAUAAAUAGCUCCCCUCCUUCAUAGCUAUUCAAUCAACUCAGUUCCUCAUGUUUCCC